AGAGAAAUGGCACGGAAGAAGAUCAGAGAGUAUGAUUCCAAGAGGCUGUUGAAGGAGCACUACAAACGGUUCGCUGGCGCCGAAUUGGGCAUUAAAUCUGCGCAGAUCACAGAAUCAACUGAUGUCAAUGAGCUAGUCAAAAAGGAGCCUUGGCUCUCAUCAGAGAAACUGGUUGUUAAACCCGAUAUGUUGUUUGGAAAGCGUGGAAAGAGUGGGCUUGUUGCCUUGAAUCUGGAUUUGGCUCAAGUUGCUGUUUUCGUUAAAGAGCGCCUUGGCAAAGAGGUUGAGAUGGGAGGAUGCAAAGGACCAAUUACAACUUUCAUUGUUGAACCUUUCGUCCCACACAAGGAAGAGUUUUACCUUAAUAUUGUGUCAGACCGACUUGGCAAUAGCAUAAGCUUUUCAGAAUGUGGAGGAAUUGAGAUUGAAGAGAACUGGGACAAGGUCAAGACCAUAUUUGUCCCUACAGGGUUGGACUUUACAGCAGAGACGUGUGCUCCACUUGUUGCAACGCUUCCGUUGGAGAUCAAAGAGAUCAUUGAGGAGUUCAUCAAAGUGAUUUUCGCUCUAUUUUUAGAUCUGGACUUCACUUUCCUGGAGAUGAAUCCUUUUACAUUGGUCAACGGAAAGCCUUAUCCUUUGGAUAUGAGAGGGGAACUUGACGAUACUGCUACCUUCAAGAACUUCAAGAAGUGGGGCAGUAUUGAUUUUCCAAUGCCUUUUGGAAGAGUUAUGAGUUCUACAGAAAGCUUUAUUCAUGGGCUAGAUGAGAAGACUAGUGCAUCAUUGAAGUUCACAGUUUUGAACCCAAAGGGUCGAAUCUGGACAAUGGUAGCUGGAGGAGGUGCUAGUGUCAUCUAUGCAGAUACGGUUGGAGAUCUUGGCUUUGCUUCUGAGCUUGGAAACUAUGCUGAAUACAGCGGAGCCCCAAAUGAAGAUGAGGUGUUGCAGUAUGCCAGAGUUGUAAUUGAUUGUGCAACAGCAGAUCCUGAUGGCCGCCAGAGAGCUCUUGUAAUAGGAGGAGGAAUUGCCAACUUCACUGACGUAGCGGCUACGUUUAAUGGCAUAAUUAGAGCACUGAAGGAGAAGGAGUCAAAGCUGAAAGCUGCAAGAAUGCAUAUAUAUGUUCGGAGAGGAGGGCCAAAUUACCAAAGGGGCCUCGCCAAAAUGCGGACACUUGGACAGGAAAUUGGCAUUCCUAUUGAGGUACUAGUAUACAACUGGAACCUGAAACAUUUCUUUUGCCGUUGUAUAAUAAGGUGUCGCAGACAACUCUUUAGACAGUUUUUGAAGUGAAAACCCCAUUACUGGCGUAUAGUAUCCGUUCUUGGGAGGAAUCGGGUGUUGAGAAUCUAUUGUAUUAUCUUUUUGUUUUUCAACUAAAUGGGUUGUUUUCAAAAACAAAAAGCUGUGUUUUAGAACAGAACACAGAAAACGUACCCAACUGACCUGACUCGAGAAAGUAAGGCAGCAGGGCGAAGUGAUCGGAUAGGAAAGUCUUGUCCUGAAACAUUCUUCUUUUGUGGUUUUUAUUGCAGGUUUACGGACCUGAGGCCACAAUGACUGGCAUAUGCAAACAGGCAAUUGAGUGCAUCACUGCAGCUGCAUAAAUUUGUCAAUCUUGUUAUUGAUCUAACCUAUCCUCUCUCUGUUUCCACUGCAAGUUUUUUCCUUUCCAUCAAGUAGCGCAGCGCAGUCAAGUUGUCAUCCCCAGGUUUCGGGAACUUUAGUUGUAGUUUUGACAUUGAUAAUGGUUUCCGGUUCCAAUUUCCAGAAAUCAAACAUUUACUUAUAGCAUAUCUGUUUGUUACAUAAAAGAUCUGGUAAAAGUGUGUUUGUCCUCCGAUGUGUCGAUAUGAGAUGUAUUCUACCUCUGCAUGAGUAAAGCCCAAACACAACCCUUUUGCA